AUGCGAAUUUUCCUUCUCUCCUCGCUGGCUGCCCUUGCGGUGCCGGGGCUGUGUGCACUAUCUGUCCAUGAAAGCGACUCCCCGCAUGUUCUGCAGCUUGGGCUGAAGCGGAAUCGUCACGAUGACCCGGUGGGGAGGGAUCGCAAGCGGUGGAAGAGGCAGACGGUUAAUGUUGGACUCUAUGGCGAUUCGAUGGGCGGCGAUAUCUACUCGACGAAUCUCACGUUAGGAUCUCCCCCGCAACGCGUCGAAGUCUCCGUCGACACAGGGAGUAGCGAUCUCUGGGUGGUUUACUCUGAUAAUGAUAUAUGUGACGUUGAAGGUGCUCGCUGCGAUUCAUUCGGCACCUACGAUCCACGCGAUUCGAAAAACGCCAAUACCCUGUCCGACCGGUUUUCCAUCCAGUACGGCGAUUCGUCAUGGGCUGAGGGGCACUAUGCCGUGGACUCUUUGGUCAUUGAAGAUGCGGAGGUCCCAAAGGCACAGUUCGCUGUUGCAAUGACGUCUGGCAUUGACAAGGGGAUCCUAGGCAUCGGCUAUCCCGCAAACGAAGUCGCCAGGAAGAUGUAUCCCAACCUCCCCGAGCUCCUCGUGACAAACAACAUCACCGCAUCUAGCGCGUAUAGUCUCUGGCUCAACCGGCUCGGUGAAGACGAAGGCACCAUCCUGUUCGGCGGAGUCAACACAGCGCACUACACCGGCUCCCUCCAAACCGUCCCCGUGGUCCCCUACAGCAACCAAUACGUCCACCUCUGGAUCACCCUGACCGAGCUCUCCGCCUCCUCAGAAAAAGACUCCAUCCACCACUCCUUCCCAACCGACAGCCUUCCCCUCGCCGUCCUCCUCGACUCCGGCUCAACCCUCACAUACCUCCCCGCCCCGCUCGUCAAAUCCAUCUACUCCGCCCUCGACGUCCACUUCUACGAGGAGGCCCAAGUCGGCUACGUCCCCUGCAACAGCUACCUAACCGAGCGCGAGGACUACAACCUCACCUUCUCCUUCAACGGCGCCAAAGUCUCCGUCCCGCUCUCCGAGCUCGUCCUCCAGGACUCCCUCCACUACACAGACGACGCCCUCCACAUCAACGGCGAACAAAGCUGCACCUUCGGCAUCCUCCCCUCAGCAGACUUCUUCCCCAUCCUAGGCGACACCUUCCUGCGCAGCGCAUACGUCGUCUUCGAUCUCGACAACAAUGAGGUUUCGCUCGCGCAGGCAAAAUAUAACCCCGACGAGGAUAAGAUUCUUGAAAUCGGGGACGGGGAUGACUCCGUACCGCAUGCGACGCCUGUUGAUGAUCCUGUUACUACUGCGUCUGUGACGACCGGUGGAGCGUCGCUGGUCCUGCCGACUGGGUUUACGAAUUCUCCUAUUUUCCCGAGUCGCACGGCGAGUGCUACGGCUUCUGCGACGGCUGUUGUGGAUGCGACUGAUACGGGUUCUGGUGGUGAUGAUAGUGAUAGUGAUGACGAGGAUACGCCUGGAAAUGGAGCAGGCGUGGGCCGGGGUGUGAAUUCCUUGCUGGGUGCGGGGGUUGUGGGGGUGGGUCUGUUCUUAGCAUUGUAG